AUUUUCCAGUCCUUUGUACACAGCGGACAAGAGAACUCUAUUAUCAUGAGCAGCUUUACUCAUGUUUUCAAGCAGUUGACAAUUUCAUCGAAUCAUGAGUUACACAGUCUUCCUGUAGUUUUCGUUAUAUUUUUAACGCUGCAUAGCUCAGUUACAACUGACGAGUAUACCAAUAUCGAAAAUGAAGAACUAAGAAGAAAAAUUGAGAGCAUUAUGCGAGACAAACUUGGCGCAAAUGAACUCCAGGCAUACAUCGAACACCUGCAUUUUACAUUUCAUCCAUUGGACGGAAAGAAGGUGUUGAAAGAGGUGACAAGGUCGAUAAAUACUAGAGUGACAGAAAACACCAACGCUUUGAAUCUACUUAAGCAAGCUGCCGAGAGUACUUUUGCAGAUUCCUUUGCAAACCACACAGUGAAAACAUCAAAAGUUUGUCAAAAAGAUUUGAAUGGAAAGGCGACUCAUACCGUAGCUUGCUUUUUGGGACCAAAUCAACAUUCGGCAAAACCAAUGGUACCACCAUUUACAAUAACUAAUGCAAUGAACGAGAACAAAAGAGUCCAGCAUCUAAAACGACAGCUUAUAGCUACGGAGGAAGGUCAGCUUAUUUCAUCACCACCUGUCAAAGACUAUCCCAGGUUCUACCAACAGUUUCGAAAAGUGUACAUCUCAGCGGUUAGUCCGGUACCAAAAGACAUAGUGAUUGUCAUUGAUCGGUCAGGAUCAAUGGCGAGGCUCCAUGGUAACAGAUCUUUGCUGCAAAUUACUAUUGAUGCAGUAACUAGUUUACUGGACACGCUAAAUGAAAACGAUAGGGUUGGGAUAAUUGUGUUUGAUACAGGAACAGUAGUUCCGGGUGUCUCUAUCAGGAAGUGUGUGGGAACAAAUUUAGUCAAAGCGUCGAUAGAAAAUAUUAGAUUUUACCAGAACAUUAUUCAGCAGAUUCAAACGGGAGCUAGAUGCAAUUACGAAUUGGCCCUGCGUGAUGCUUUUCAGUUCUUCGGAAAUUCUAAUUACAGCUUCAGAGUCGAAAAACGAGAACAGGUUAUUAUGUUUUUAUCCGAUGGAUUACCAACCAUUGGAGGAGAUCCAGUCAAAGUUAUUGCUGAGGAAAAUAAAAUCCUGAAGAAUAAAGUUGCUGUAUUUACCUAUGCCAUUGGACAAUCUUGGAAUUUAACGUCACUUUCCGUUCUACGAAAUAUGGCAUGGCAGGUAUAUAGUUACCCAGAGUACGGGGAAAUCAAAAAAGGUACUUUCAAACACGUUGUUGAUCCUACAAAACUGAAGGAUGAGAUUGGAUUCUACUAUAGGGAAUUCGUGAGUAAAGGAAACGAUGUAGCAACUAUCAUCUUUAAGCAAUACAAGCAUUUGCAAAAAGCUUAUAUGCCUUAUAUGUUUGUCUGCAAGCAACUUCACGAUACAAACAAUACAGUUUUUGGAGCAACGUGCCUUGAAAUGUCCCUCACGAGUUUUCUAAGGGAGCCAGUAAUAUUUUACAAUGAACAACAUUCUUAUGCCUUUAUGAUUGACGGAAAAGGACGUACAAUUCUCCAUUCAUCCUUAUCGAAAGCUUCUUCGUUAGAAGCUGACGAAGAAUUCACAAGUAUUGGGUUCUUUGAAAGAGAUAAGGGCCCGGUCGUAGAAUCAAUGAAGCGGGGAGAAGCGGGGCAAACCUUUACAUACACCACCAACGCGUUUUCCAAAGGAGAAGCUUCUUUAUCACAGAAGAUAAAUGUAUAUUGGGAACCUAUUUUGCACACCAAUUUUUCAUUGUGCGUCGUUUUAGCUGAUAGGGACGGAACAAUUAACUACAAUAUAACGCCGUCUACACAGGAAAGGUUUUAUUAUCAUCGGAGUGACGCCACUACAGACAACAGAAAGGCUUGUAGCCACUUCAAUCGACAAGCAGUUAAAGAAUUUUCAACUGUGAGUCUUACCCCAGCCGCAUUUAUAGAUCCUGAAAUGUAUUGGGAAAACGACGAUAAUCCCGGAUUAAGACCAUCAAUUCUAGACAGCGUGUUCAUUACGCACUUUGCUGAGGAACUGUGGUUAAAUUUUCAUCAGCAUUCUUCAGACACAAUAUGGCGUUUUAUCGGAACAAUAGAUGGCGUUUUAAGGGUGUAUCCGGGAAUUCAGAUUCCAGAUCAUUAUGACCAUACACAACGGCCAUGGUUCAAAAAAGCAUUGGCAUCAAGGGAUAAGGUCAUUGUUACGGGUCCUUACCUGGACCAAUGGGGAAGUGGACACGUCAUCACAAUUUCUAAAGCCAUUGUUAAAACAAUCACAAAAUAUAAUUCCUUUGUUGUUGGGGUCAUGGCGAUUGACAUUUCCAUCACUCAUUUCCAUCAAGUGCUGACUGAUUCUUACCCAAUUUGCAAAGAAUUUUCAACAAGCUGCUUUGUCAUGGACGAUACUGGUUACAUUGCCAUGCAUGAUGACUUUGUUUACGUCUCAACGAAAGUCCCAACUGUUGAAGGAGUGCAUAUUACACAAAAGAAUCCAGCUAUUGCAAACCAUUUGCUGAAAAACAACAUGAUGACCAGAAGAGCAUGUUUGGAUAUUCUUGCAAAGAGAACACACUACUCGUUUAUGGUAUCAAAAUCUCAUCCUAGAGGAGAAAUAGAUUUUUCUGAGGAGCACUUUAAACUCCUUCCUGUUCCUAAAAGCGACUUAUUCGUUGUAGUGGAAGAUCAACGAUAUUUCAACAAUCAGGAGACAUGUUGCUCUAGCACCAGCACAUUCACUAAUGAAGAGCAAUACUGCAGCAAAUCUGACUGCCCAUGUGUAUGUUUCAAAGAAAUCCCUAGCAACCACUGCGAAGACCAUUUGAAUUUGUUGAGUGACACGCCUCUGUGUCCUUCGAGUUCCUCCCAUACCGCAAUAGAUCUGCCACAAGAAACCGACCGAGCCCUUCAACUAUGUUUCGAUCCCAAUUGUACCAGAAAAAGUAUGCAAAGACGUGAGUGUUUUAAAUCAGCUGGUUGUAGCUGGUGCUCAAGAGCAGAAAGCUUUACUCCUUUGUUUGAAGAAUAUUGCACUUCCAGGAGCGACUGCUAUUUUGGCAUUAAAGGAAACCACCCUCCAAAUUCAAAUAAAAAAGAGAAAAAUUCUCAACAUGCCUCCGAUGACCAGAACAGGUUACCCAUCCUUCUCCUUGCUGGUCUGUUUUGUGGAGUUCUUGUCAUGACUGUUGUUGUAGUGAUUAUACUGUUAAUGCUUAAACGGAAAAGAAAAAACAUGAACUCCAAACACAUUCCUGCAAAUCUUCCCGUCCGUCCGGCAGAGAAUGGGUACGUGGUAGCGAGGGUGUAUCCUGACGGUCGGCCUGCUGCUUAUUUUUCACGUUCACAGUUUGGAACCGUUGUUUAUCAUCAUAACUUUGUUUUUGAGAACUCAACGUGAAUUCAGCACAACGUCAAACCAGAACACUUUUAAUUAU